AGGUCAAAAAACAAAUAUCAAUUCUACAUAAAACAUCACUGUCUAAAAUCAACUAUAUAUAACUUGUGUUUGCUUUUGGAAAUUCACAUCGCAGUUCCCAAAACUCUCCUAUUCCAAAAGCCUCAUAAAAAGGCCAGCAUGAGCAUCGGUUCCCUCUUUCUUCAACUAUUCCUAGGCCUAGCUCUUCUUACGGGACUGGCUGAACCAGACCCUGACCCACUUCAAGAUUUUUGCGUUGCAGAUGCAAAAUCACCUUUUUUUCUCAACGGCGCACCCUGUCUGAACCCAAGUCUAGCUCUUUCCUCCCAUUUCACGACUUCGGCUCUAACCAAACCUGGUAACACCAAGGCUAAUCCUUUCGGCUACAAUGUUACAUUUCUCACCCUUGCUAAUUUGCCAGGAAUUAACACCAUGGGCCUAACCAUGUCCCGCCAGGACUUAGCCCCUAACGGGCUUAAUCCACUCCACUCCCACCCACGGGCCUCGGAAGUUACCAUUUGCCUUCAAGGUGCUCUUCUCGUGGGGUUUGUGGAUACCUCCAAUCGCCUCUUCACUCAACAACUAGGGCCUGGUGAUGCCUUCGUUUUCCCAAGAGGACUUGUCCAUUAUGUCUACAAUCUGGACUCGAGGAACGCUUUGGCUAUAUCUGGGUUCAGCAGCCAAAACCCAGGUACACAAACAGCUUCCAGGGCCGCAUUCGUAUCCAACCCAUUAAUUCCUGACGAAGUUUUGGAAAAAGCAUUUCAAAUCAGCAAAAAUGAUGUUGCCAAGAUACGCAAGAACCUUGGCGGGUGAUUUAACUGAUUACGUUGUUGUUGAAGUGGGUCAUUGCAGAUUUUUAUUUGUUAUCUAUUCUGGUCAUAAACAUGAUGGAGGACAAAUGGUAGUUCAAGUCUUCUUUCACAUAAAAUAGACCUACCAACGGUCAUAUACUUGUGUAUUGAGAUUAUUUUGAAAAAAAAAAAAAAACCCAUAAUGAAGCUGUUAUUAUAGUUUGUUUAUUA